GUUUAAGGAAGCAUGGCGGAUGACAAACUUCCUUCAAGACAGCGGAUGAAUAGUGAAAUAGUGUAAUGGCUGUUCUCGCUCUACUCCAUUUACCCGCACGUUUUGUAUUAUUUCGUUCACAUUGUAAGGAUGUUUUCCGCGUGCAUCGUGUCACGAAGCGUGUGUAUUGUCGUGACUACACUAAUGACACACCCUUGGAUCAUAAAAGUCGUGGUCUCGAGAGAUACAAAGACUUAAAAACGCAUUUCAAGAGACACCUGAAAGCAAUUUACAGCAGGUUCACCAACGUAGCUGACCAUUCAGCGGUGUAUGGACGACACCAUGUUUAUUUUAUGGAAGGAAACAGUAUCUACAGAAUGGAAAAGAGAAAAAGCGAGUCGGAACCGGAGCAGGUUCUCGACCUGGGAUGCAUCCCUGCAGGUGAGGAGACACAAGAGUGGACCGUGCAGAGAAUACGACUUUCCCCUCAGGAGAAGCAUCUUGCCGCCACGGUGAAGACUCAUAACACAGAAACAAUCAGGUGUGUGGUUGUGAAGCUCGGCCAAAGAAACAUACUCACGUUGGACAAUGUCUUCACCUUUGAGUGGGCCACAGAUGAGGUGUUGUUUUACACCAUCCAGGAAAAUUUGAAGUGCCAAAAGGUGUAUCGUCUGGACCUGACCCAAAAUGGAAGCACGACACGCCCCGUGUAUGAGGAAUCAGAACCGGAUGUGUUUGUGGAGGUGUCCCUCUCCAGAGACUGCCAUGCACUGAGCAUCACCUGCAGCAGCAGAAACAGCUCCGAGGUGCUGCUCGUGGACGUCUCGGACCCCCGUCUAGAACCCACCCUGGUUCAGGCGCGCCAGCCGGAACUGUUGUACCACGUGGAACACUGGAGGCGGAACCUGAUCAUACUCGCCAACACGGGGCCUGGGCAGGAAUAUCAGGUGAUAAAGGCCCCCCUCUCCGAGCCCUCCAUGGUGUCAUGGGACACCAUAUUCACGCCGUGUCUCGGCACUGUGAUCAAAGACAUGGAUGUGGUCAGGGACCACUGCAUACUGGUUGCCGUGACGACAAGCAAUGAACUUGAGCUGAUUGUCGUCCCUCUCUCCCGACCGAGAGAAGCAUACACUCUGCAGCUCCCCACCUGGGCGUGCGUCGUUGAAACCAAGCGUCCCGGCCUUGCAGACCAACGCGGCGCGUUAGAGUUCCUGAUAUCCUCUCCAGUCCGCCCCCAAGUGUCCUACUGUCUUUAUCCCGAGAAAGGCCUCCUUUCAUCAGGCACGGUGGACAGGCCCUCUCCAAAGAAGCAGGAGAAUUAUAUUACGGCACGUUUAAAGGCCUGCAGCCAGGAUGGUACCAUAGUGCCAGUGACACUGUUUCACGGCGUGAAGUGUAUGAAAGACACGCCUCUGCUGGUGCACGUGUACGGAGCUUACGGCCGGGAUGUCGACAUGCAGUUCUCCCCGAAGAAAAGGUUUCUGCUGGACCAGGGCUGGGCUCUGGCCUAUUGCCAUAUAAGAGGGGGAGGAGAGCGCGGGCUGGCAUGGCAGAGACAAGCUCGCGUCGAGGGGAAGCACAGAGGAGUGGAGGACCUUCAAGCCUGCCUUAGUCACCUCUUCUCCUCGGGGGUCUACAGCCCUUCACGGACCGUCCUCACCGCCUGCAGCGCCGGAGGUGUGCCAGUGGGGGCGCUAUGCAACAGACGACCCGACAUGACGCGGGCAGUCAUGCUGCAGAGUCCUUUCCUGGAUGUGCUGGGAACAAUGGAGGACCCCGAACUGCCUCUCACAGUGGAGGACAGGGAAGAGUGGGGCGACCCUGCAGGAAACCUGGAACACAGGCUCACCAUCGCCUCCUAUUGCCCAGUUUGCAACAUUACUCCUCAGCGCUACCCGUCAAUGCUGCUGACGGCCUACACUGACGACAACAGGACACCUCUAGCCGGUGUCCUGAAGUAUGCUGAGAAGCUGAAGGAAGCAGUGCAAAUUCAUUUCAACAUGGCAGCCACAUCAGACCCUGAACCAAACAUAGUUAUAAAUAUACAACCUGGAGCAAAUCACAUUGGAUCAGAUGACUGGGAGUCCAUGCUGGAGGAGGAAGCCCUUCAGCUAGCAUUUCUCUACAAGGAGAUGGACCUGGAACCUCCUUGUCCUCCAUGGAGGAGGAAGAGAUAAAGUUGUGUGGAUGACAGCAGAAGACAGGACAACAAGGGAUGUGACUGCAAUGAUAGUUUCUUAUUGAGCCAUGCACAUCUAAUGAGAUACAAUGGAAGAUUUGCAUGUUAGCAUGUAUAGAGAAUGUCUAUGGCACCUAAAUAACAGGCUUUUUCAGAGAUAUAGCACAGCCCCGGGUGGUUGGUGUUAAACCGAGCAUGUGAGGAGAACUCAAUCAUCAAACCCUCUCCCGCCUCAGUGGCGAUCAGAGACUUGUUGACCACUUUGCGGUCGUUGGCCCGGUUCGUGCUCAUCAGAACCCGCAGCCGCUCAGGCAGCUCAACGACCGCCGAGAGAUCGGUGACUGCCGACUCAUGGCCGAAGUUGAGCACCAGGAGGAAGGCGGAGUCCAGCCCGUCCAGCUCUCGCAGGUAGGCGAAGACGCCGCGGUCAGCUUGGAUGUAGCAGAACCAGCCUCGUUGGAGGGGCAGUUCCGACUGACGCAGCGUGUUCAGGAGGCGGUACUGAGACAGCAAAGAGCCUUCGUCUUGCUUCUGGACCUGGAGGAGGACACAUGGAAGCUAGUCAAUGUGCCGUUUAAAUAAAAUGUGUUGUUUUUUUAAGAGCGUUGUUGAUACCUCCACAUUGACACUGCUGUAGUUGGGAUGCACGGGCAACCAUGUCACAUUGGUCUUGUUGUUGAACCCUGCAUUCAAGUCAGCACUCCACUGCAUUGGAGAACGCUGAGGAUCUCGACUGGCACUCUGCAUCAUACACAGUUGAAUGUACACUGACUAGACACCUGCUAAAUCCAAUAUAAAAGUUCUGCUUUUAGAAAAAUAAUAA